CAUUUUGCGGAGCCGAGCCGGCCCCUCAGCGGCCCAGCCUGUGCAGGCGCAGCGGAGCGGCCCCGCCGCGGGGCUGGCAGCGCAGGUUUGAAUAGCUUAUAAUUAACGCAGUCAUUUGCAAAUACAAUGGAAGAGGGCAAGACUGAAGAUGUCCAGGGUAUUCUGCGACUUAACGUGAGAGGCUGUUUCUACACUGCCAGGCGCGAGUCUUUAUGCCGCUUUAAGGAUUCAAUGCUAGCUUCUAUGUUUAGUGGUCGCUUUCCUCUAAAAGUGGAUGCAUCAGGGGCAUGUCUAAUUGAUCGAGAUGGAAACCUGUUUAAGUAUCUUUUGGAUUAUCUUCAUGGAGAAGUUCGGAUUCCUGAAGAUGAACAAAUUCGAAUUGCACUCCAGGAGGAAGCAGAUUAUUUUGGAAUCCCUUAUCCAUACAGUCUCUGUGACCAUUUGGCCAAUGAAAUGGAGACAUAUUCUUUAAGGUCAAACAUAGAGCUUAAAAAGACUUUGUUAGAUUUCUGUGAUUCUUACGGUUUAGUUUGUACCAAGCCUACAGUUUGGGUCCUGCACUAUCUCAACACUUGUGGAGUAAGCUGUGAAAGUAAAAUUAUUGGUGUGUAUGCCACGAGAGCUGAUGGAACUGAUGCAAUUAAUAAGGAGCUAGGCACAAAAAUUCAUAGUAAAAGCAUUUACAAAAGAGAAGCUGGAAAUAACGUCCAAUACAUCUGGAGCUAUUACUCAGUAGCUGAGUUGAAAAAGAUGCUGGAUGCUUUCAAUGCCUGGGAAGGGAGAGGUGUUAGCUACUGGAGAGUGCCUCAGGAGCUGAUGGAAUGUUGGACUCUUGAAGAACGCCCUUUGAAAGGCAGUUUGCAUCGUAUGCCACCAGUUCAUAAAAGACGAUUAAUCGACUUCACUGAAGAGGAAGACUGUUUACCAUGUAAAGUGGGUCCCAAGCCAAUUAGAUUCUCAGGUCCCUCAACAAGUACCCAUAUCAAAGUCAAAAAUUCAUCUUUGUUAAAGGUAGCAAGCUGCAAUGCCUCACAUUCUGCAGAGACUAUUAAACAACCCAAUCAUGAAAGUUUAACGCUGCACAAAGUAGCUUCUGAAACUGUAUCCACAACAUGCAAAUCAGCACCCAGCUGUCCCCAGGCUCCCAGUGGAAGGCAGAGUGCUGACAAUGGGACACCAUGUCAAAUGACUGUCAAAACUGCAGUGUCUAGGAAGGCAAUAAGCAACCGUGUAGUAAAGCUGAAGCGAACUCCACUAUUUCAUGUGACACCAUCUCAGCCGUCUUCUUCCAUGCCCAGUAAAACAAGUGAACAAGACAGUGCUCCUGGUGAAAUUCCUACUAUUUCUAUGGUACUAAACAAUAAAGAACCAGCUGUAUUAGCAGAAAGUAUUAAGACUGAUAAAGUGGAUGGAUAAUGUUCAACUCAGCUGUCUGAUAAACUGGAUAGCUUUGCAUCAUCUGGACAAAGAAGAGAUUGUCAUCUCAUGCUUGUUCAAAGAUUUGGUAGAAAUUUAUGAUGAAAAAGUUCAUGAAAAGCAUAGGGAGAAAUUUUUUAAAGUAAGCACUGAGGUGUGUUUUCUGCUUUAAUGCUAAAUAUUGUAUAGAUGUUGGGGAAAAAAGAAAAAACGAUUACAAAAGCCCCUCAAAUACAGAGCAUGUGCAGCCAAAUGUUACAGGGUUUGUACUUCUGUCAGUCCGUACUAGUACAACUGAUCUUUCAAAGGGAGCACAACAUAGAAGACGACUUGCUUAUCAACUGCAAUUAACAUUAACUAGAGUUGAUGUUGUUAAUUUGUGUAUUUAAAGUGGGGAAAAGUAGCUAACAAUAAGUAGCUUUUAUUAGAUACAAGUUUGCCACAAGUGUACAACAUACCCAAGAUUCCUGAAGUUGAAUGCACUGAUAUUUCUGGUGAAGAUAAAUCACCGUUUUGUUGUUGACAGCAACAAAAGGGACCACCUUUGCUUGUAUACAGGGAGAAAUGCAGGAAAGGAAGCAGUACGUCUAGGGAGUAACAUGGCAGUUUUCUCCACAGACCUGAGACGUGUAGUCCUGUCCUAACGCUGUGUGAUCUGCCCCUGGGGGCGAGGCUGCUGCAGGCAGCGGGUGAAGCCUUGGCAUUCUGCCUAACACCACUGUGGGGUGUGCUUUUUGCAGCUGCAGGGAAUCUCAGGUCUGAGUCACAGCUGUGUUAAAGCAGUGUUAGCAUAAGUGCCCUGGUCUGAAGAUAGGUAAAAGAACUCCUCUCUCACCCUGAGUAGUAUAGAGACCUUCUUGUGCCAGAGUAAAUUCUGAGUAAUGCUACUGAAGAGCUGCUGUGUGUUUUUAUCAGCAGAGGAAAACUAAGUUUACCUUGCUGAUUUUAAAAAGCCCUUUUAGUUGUUUAAAUCAGUGAAUGAAGCCUGGCUUUGUUUUGGGCCCUUGCUUGCUUACAGUUGGGUGCUGGGGUUUUUUGUUGGUUUUGCUACUGCUUGCUCUUUUCCACCCCAGUAAAUAGAUGGCCCUAAACAUUGACAAGUCCUACCACAUUGCCAAAAUGCAAUGUUCUUAAAAUUCCUGAGAUUAUUAGAAUUACAGAAGGGUUCUUUAAAUAUUUAUUUUCUGGAUAAUUUAGAAGUGAGCACAUUUUCAGGCUUUGCUUCUAACCACAAGGACAGGAAAUAUCAUUUGCACAAGCAAAAAAACCCCAGAUUUUCACGUACUACCAUAUUUUUAAGGAGACACUUGGCCGUGAACAGUAGUCAAUGUACAUAUAUGCAGUACUGUAAUUUUCUGCUAUUGGAGUGUAUAUUAAAAAACACCUUAACUUUUUAA